AUGUUCUACGAACCAGGCAAAACGGACCAUAAUCUCCCUCACGAUCCAUUCAAGGCAUGUGUGAUCCCCCGACCCAUAGGCUGGAUCAGCACCAUCAACCCGCAAUCGGAAUCAAAUACACAGCCUACCAACGGUAAUGGAACUAGCAACGGCGACGGGAACGACAAAGGCAAUGAUGUCGGCAACAGUAUCGGGCAAGCAAAUCUCGCGCCCUUUUCGCAGUUCAACAAUCUGACGUUUGACCCGCCUUACAUCAUGUUCUCCAGCAACCAGACCCCCUCACGCCAACAAAAGGACACGGUCCGCAACGUCGAGGCCACGGGCGUCUUCUGCUGGCAACUCGCCACCUACGCGCUGCGCGAGGCCGUCAACGUCACCGCCGAACAGGUGCCCUACGGGGUGGACGAGUUCGAACGGGCGGGCCUGGAGAAAGAAUACUCCACCGUCUUGGCCACGGCGGUGCCCAUGGUCAAGGCCAGUCCCAUCAAAUUCGAGUGUGAGUAUUAUACGACGCUUCGCUUGCCGGGGAAUCCGCCCAUGGGAAGCGCGGACGUGGUCAUUGGGAAGGUCGUCGGCAUUCACAUCGAUGAGGGCGUGUUGACCGACGAUGGUAAGAUCGAUGUGAGCAAGACACAGCCCAUCGCGAGGUGUGGGUAUUACGACUAUGCUGUUGUGAAAGAGACGUUUCAGAUGAUUGUGCCGGGCGGGACAACAGACACGCUGUACGGAUUGGAGGGAAACGUCAGAAAACACAAGGCUGCAAGGGAGGCCGGCAGGAGAAUGGGUGUGUCGGCUGAAGACGAGCAGGGACCGCCAUAG